CACCCCGCCAGCAUGUGCGAGCUAUACAGCAAGCAAGACACCCUGGCGCUGAGGAGGAAGCACAUCGCGUGAGCGCUCCCCAGCCCCGAGGAAAGGCGCAGAGAGGGGGAACCACCGGAACGGGGGGCGGAGAGCCGCAGCCGGGCAGGGAGCGGACCGGCGGGCUGCUGCCGGCGGGGUGCGGGACGGCCACCCGCCCGCCGCACCUGCGCACGCGCGCCCCCGCCCGCCCGGAGCGCCCCGCCUCGCCUCCGCCCGAGGGGGCUGCCGCCCAGCCGGCUCCAGAGCGGUCCCCGCGCUCUGCAGCCCGGCCGGCCGGCUGGGGGAAUUGACCGUGAAGGUUGAGAGCCAUUGAAGUAGAACACCGUUCCAGCGAUGGGCUCUGGGAGGGAGACGGGUAGCUCUCCGCCGCUCCCACCACCUCGAAAGUUUCAGAAAACUGAACUCCGAAAUAUUUUUGACGAUGGCAAUGAAAACUCAUUAUGACAACUUUUGUUUAAAGUGAAAUUUUUCUUCUUGCACGCUUGGUUAAGAAGUAAAAGGUUAAUCCAGCCAGUAAAAAAACUUUGAAACCACUUUCUUAAGAGUAAGAUACCACUUACUCACCUUGGUCUCCCCAGCUGUGCCCUCAUUACAAUUUAAAGAUGCAGUGUUUUCUCCGGUCUACUUUUGUUUUACUCGUGCUAUAGACGACUUGGUGAGCGUACAGGACCGAACCUUAGGUCAGACCUGGGCUCUGGUCCUAGUAGUGUCAAGUUACCUUGUGAUCUGAUUUGAGAUUUGAUCUGAUCUCAACCCAGGAGUUUUCUAGGUGGUUUAGGAGACUAGUUAAAUCUCUCUCAACCCCCGCAAUAGGAUCAAAAUAGUCAGAUACCUCGUUACCAGAUCACCUUCUUCCCUUUUUCUAAUCAGCACUCCUUUCUGUUAGUUUUCAAUCCUAUAUAGUUAGAUUCCAAUGAAAACCUAAUGAUUUCUGACGUGAGCAGAACAAAGUCUGUGAAAGGAGGAAUGGUAGCCAUGGAAUGACUGAGAAAGAAUUUCACCUGAAAUCUGAGUGAGAAGAUGGGAAGUACAUUAACAAGGAGGCAAGGUGAAGUCCGAAGUUUUCAGCCCACAUUCACAACGAAGGGUUUUUCCGAAUUUUAACUUGCCCUCCUGCAAAGUUUUCUUUGCUGCGGAUCCCAUCAAAAUAGUGCGAGCCCAGGGGCAGUACAUGUUUGACGAGAAAGGUGAACAGUACUUGGAUUGCAUCAACAACGUAGCCCAUGUGGGACACUGCCACCCAGAAGUGGUCAAAGCUGCCCAGAAACAGAUGGAACUACUAAAUACAAAUUCUCGAUUCCUCCACGACAACAUUGUUGAGUAUGCCAAGCGCCUGUCAGCAACCCUGCCGGACAGACUCUCUGUGUGCUAUUUUACAAAUUCAGGAUCUGAAGCCAAUGACUUAGCCUUACGCCUGGCUCGGCAGUUCAGAGGCCACCGAGACGUGAUCACUCUUGACCAUGCUUACCAUGGUCACCUAUCAUCUUUAAUUGAGAUCAGUCCAUAUAAAUUUCAAAAGGGCAAAGAUGUCAAGAAAGAAUUUGUGCAUGUGGCACCAGCUCCAGAUACUUACAGAGGAAAAUACAGAGAAGACCAUACAGACCCGGCCAGUGCUUACGCCGACGAAGUGAAGAAAAUUAUUGAUGAAGCUCAUAACAGUGGAAGGAAGAUUGCUGCCUUUAUUGCUGAAUCCAUGCAGAGUUGUGGCGGACAAAUAAUUCCUCCAGCAGGCUACUUCCAGAAAGUGGCAGAAUAUGUACACGGAGCAGGAGGUGUGUUUAUAGCUGAUGAAGUUCAAGUAGGCUUUGGCCGAGUUGGGACACAUUUCUGGAGCUUCCAAAUGUUUGGUGAAGAUUUCGUUCCAGACAUCGUCACAAUGGGAAAACCAAUGGGCAAUGGCCACCCAGUGGCAUGCGUGGUAACAACCAAAGAAAUUGCAGAAGCCUUCAGCAGCUCUGGGAUGGAAUAUUUCAAUACGUAUGGAGGAAAUCCUGUGUCCUCUGCUGUUGGUUUGGCCAUCCUGGAUGUAAUUGAAAAUGAAGACCUUCAGGGAAAUGCCACAAGAGUAGGGAACUAUCUUACCAAGUUACUGAACAAGCAGAAGGCUAAACAUACUUUGAUAGGAGAUAUCAGGGGCGUUGGCCUUUUUAUUGGAAUUGACUUAGUGAAGGACCAUCAGGAAAGGACCCCCGCCACAGCUGAAGCUCAGCACAUCAUCUACAAGAUGAAAGAAAAGCGAGUGCUUCUCAGUGCCGAUGGACCUUACAGGAAUGUGCUUAAAAUAAAACCACCUAUGUGCUUCACUGAAGAAGAUGCCCAGUUUAUGGUGGACCAGCUGGAUGAGAUUCUAACAGGUUUAGAAGAAGCUGUCGGAGCCAAAACUGAGAGUGUGAUCUCUGAGAAUACUCCGUGCAGAACCAAGAUGCCUGAGGAAGCCCACUCGGAAUUGCUCAGUGACGGCAGCCCGGACCCCAAAGAAAAUCCCAGCCGAAAAAGAAAUGGAUUGUGCACAGAUAAACAUUCACUGCUCAGUAAGAGGCUCAAGACAUGAGAGACGAGCAUUUUACAGCAAGAUAAAUGUCCGGAGUUACACAGAAUGAAUGGAAGUGUCCCUUCUGUUAAAGCUCUAUUAUACCCGCCAAAGGAAGACUCUGCAUUCCAUUCAGAGGUAUAAAUAAAGUAAAUGAGUAAUAAGAAUAAUCCAAGUGAUAAUCAAACCCUGUCAAGAUUUAGUCUCUAGCCUGUUAAUUCCUUACUUGAGAUUUCUGAAAGUACUUCAUUUAUUCUACUCAAUUUCAGCUUCAAAUGGAAUAUUUAUUAAGUUGGAAGUUUUACGUCUCAUGUUUUAAUAUUUGACACGACAGAGCAAAGUACAGUAGUAGGUUCCUGAACUUUGGAGACUAUGAAUUCUUUAAUGAUUUAAUUUGUAUAUAUUUAUGGACUAUAAUAAAAUAAAAGAUGAUGUAAAC